AUGUCAUCAUUUUUAAAAACAAAUGAAGAUCCAGUUAGUGAACGAAAAAAACUUUAUAUAUCUGAACGACAAAUUCCAAUUUUAUUUGAGGCACUUAUGGCUGGUUUAAUGAAUUAUGAACCGGAUGAUCAUUAUGAUUUUAUUAUUGAUAGUUUAAUAAAAAUGCAAAAACAGAAAUUACCACUUCAAUGGGAUACAUUUAUUCAAAUGCAUGAUAAAAAUAAAUAA